AUGACGGUGCCGAGACCGGGAUUCCUUAAAGCGUUGGCGCCCCCGACGCACAUGAACACGCUCGAUUCAAGUCCCAAUCGCCCUCCAGGCCCUCUUCAAACGACGAACACCUUCCGCCUAGCCGACCAACCCCCCCCACCAAAACGGCAAAAAACCCUCCUCGAUGCCCGUCGCCGGGGCCCAGGCGAGGAUAUAGACAUUGAGCAGGAUGCGGCGUCACGGUCAGAUCCGCGCGGCAGCCAGACGAGCUUUGCUCACUCCGUUUCCCCUGGAAUUCAGGAAUACCAGGUCGUGGAAGAGUCUACCAAGGGAACAGGACGCUCGAACAGGCGCAGCCGUCAGCCGCAGGCGAACCACCCUUCUGUCAUGAGCAGCCAUGUUGGCCGAGGCCGAAUGUCUCGUCAGUUGGAACCUGUCGAGAGUUUUGACGAGCUUGCCCCGGCUCAAAAGCCCACUCCACAUCAACAACGGACCGCCCGUCUGAUUCUCAGCCGGUCUACUGCGAUCACCCGCGACCCUGCGGAUGCAUGCAUCCUCGGGAAACCGACUCGGCCAGGUCAGAGUCCCCAAAGCAAAAAGCGUCCGAGCCACGAAGUCAUCGAGGAUCAGGAUGAACUGGCGGCUGGGACUAGCAGCGGAGGAUCCCCUACAGCGAGCACAAGACAGCCAAUCAAGGGCUCACCGAAGAAUAAAUCCCCCAGUUUGUCACAGCGGGGAGACAUAAAAUCGACCAAGUGGGCCGGCAACCGAGGAGACCUUACGACUACCGGCAUCGGCGUGGCAGCAGCUGUGUGCCAACCCAAUUUUGAGUUUGUGGCAAAAGACAGCCACAACUCCUGCUUCUUACGACCUACCGAUGGCCCAGAGUUGCGCGUGUUUACUGAUGAGACUCAUCCUGCGGAGCCCUAUCACUGGCUCAAGAUUACAGGGAAAGCGAACACGUUGUUGUAUCAUCCGAAAUCUAGCCUCAUCAAGCUCAGCCAAUCAAUGGACCAAGCCUCGGUACCGAUUGGGAGUUUGAUGUUUAUCAAGCUUCGUAGCAGUGCGGAAGCGUUAUGGGUCGUUGAGUGGGUUCGCAAGCACCUCGCGGUGCGCAUCAUUCCGGCAAAGGAAGAGGAUAAACUGGCCAUGUCGUAUAAAAAGCUGCACCACGACGUAACCCACAGUCGCAGCCAGGCGUCGGGCAGGCGACUGUCCGUCGACACCCCAACCCACCUGCCGCAGGCAACCCAGGGGUCACCCAGGGCGAAUGCGGCUCCGAUCGAAAGUGUUCCGGCCAGCUCUCGGACUCCCAUUCGACGCCAGAUGCAAGUCUCAGCUCAGCAGGCAGAAACUCCGCUUCCCCGGCCCGAUACCGCUGGUGAACACGCCUCAGCUACAUCACGCUCCCUGAGAACAAGGCAAAUUCCUCAAUUGGGGCAGACGUUGGAACCGCCUCGUGUAUCUGCCGUCCGCCGCUGGUCUGACGAACAUCGGGAGUGGGCACAGGAUUGGAAUAUGCCCCUGAUCCUCCGGCGCACAACCGUAGACAAGGAAGACAUACCCAGGCUCGACGAGGGUCAAUGCCUAAACGACAAUCUCAUCGGAUACGGUCUCCGCUAUCUCUUUGACGUGUUGAAGGAUCGGGCUAAGGAUUUGCACGAGCGUGUUUAUCUCCACAAUUCCUUCUUUUACGAGAAACUCAAGGCGGGUAGGGGCAUCAACUACGAUGGUGUCAAGAAUUGGACUGCAAAGGUGGACUUGUUGUCAUACGACUACAUCAUCGUACCCGUUAACGAACACUACCAUUGGUGGGUGGCCAUCAUAUGCAAUCCCGGGAAGCUGGACCCGGCCUCGAGACGGGUUUCGGAUGAUACUCGAGACCCGGCCGUUGCGAUGGAGGGCAAAGUCGACGGCGCCUCCUCGGAUGUGGAAAUGACAGACGUACCUGAGAAGCGCCCGGUGCGAGCAUCGAUAGACCAGCCCGAAAUUGUCAAGUCCGACCUCGUCGACUUGGUUUCUGACGAUAAGAACGUCAGCAUAGACCUGACCUCGACCUCUCGGGCGAAGCAACUCAAAAAGCCAAGGCCUGGCGUAAGGACGUACAGCCCUGACGACCCGAGGAUCAUCACUCUUGAUUCUCUAGGCUCGACCCAUCCCCAGGCUAUCGCCCACCUCAAGAAGUAUCUUUUUGCCGAGUUUAAGCACAAGCGCAAUACGGUGAUUACCGAGCCCCCUGCGACGCUGGGCAUGAGGGCCGUGAACAUACCGGAACAGGACAACCUGUGCGACUGCGGCGUCUACCUCCUCGGGUACAUUCAAGAAUUUGUGAAAGACCCAGACCAGUUCGUUCGAACGUUGCUCCGAAAGGAGUCCCCGGAUUGGAUAUUCAACCCUUCGGAUCUGCGUAAUUUAUGGCGCGAGACGAUAUUCUGGGAGCGGAAACAACAUUUGAAAACGCAACCGGGGUCAAGAAAAAAGCUGGACGCCUCGGCCGCAACUCCUACGCCCAAGUCAAGCGUAGAGCCAAGCCGCCAUCCAUCGCGAGACAACACCAGUGAGGUUAACGACGCACCAAAAGACAAACCCGGGACCGAGACAGGUUUCUCGGAACACAUAACACCCACCAGCGCCUCCGAUAGCCCGAUGAACGUCGAUGCCCCUCAGACAGAUGAUUCCAGUACCGAACCCACACGUUCCGUCCCACAGCCAACGACGGGAAGCGAACAGCCGCAGGCUUCAGGGACGGUGCGCGCGCCGUCCCCUCAACCACCAGUCCCUCAACGAGACGCCCGGGACGAAUCUGCAGUUCCCAUCCCCACUGUGGAAGGCGAUCCUGUCCUCCCAACCGUCGAGGCACCCGAUGGGGAGGAACUCCCCAGCCCACCGCCUCAACCGCGAGACGAUCCAGGGUUCCUCGUCCCGCUUUCCUCCACUCCACCGAGUGGGCCGGCCGAGGAAAGUCAGCCCAUCGUCGAAGUCGAGCUUGCUUCGUCCCACUCGCCGCGCGCCGCGAAGCCUGCAACCAGACAGGCGAACUCAGUGCCCUCGUCACCCGCGGGAGCGAGCCGUCGUCGUGCGGCUAAGGCCCGCACGCAGCACACCAGCAGCCAUUUUGUCGUUGAUGACGGCCCGACCGUGGUAACGGCCGAGAUGGUGCGCUCUUCGGAUCCGAUCGAUCUUACGGAUGACUGA